AUGAAGACGAAAUGUCCGUUGUGGGAGGGAGCGCCUCAUCAUGCGUGGGUACCCAAUCCAGAUAAAAUCGUUCCGCCCCCGAUGCAGGAGAGUGGAGAAUAUUCGGUUCUUGACCUUGCACAGAAUCCAAUGGUCUCAAUAGCCUCAACUGAAACGGUACAGAUCAAGCAGAUCUUGUGGGUAGACUCAAAGGGGCAAGAAGUCAAGGCUUUCACGAAUGUUCCGUACCCGAUGAUGAUGAUAAUGAUGCAGGAGGGGAGGGCGAGGCGUGGGGGUAAGGAUCAUGGUAGUGAUGAUGGCAAUGGGGAGUAG